AUGUUUAUAAAGUAAAAUAAAACUGAUGACUACUUAUAAAUAAUAAUCAAUGAAAUUUAGUAAACCAAUCUCUGUUGGACUUCAAAAUUUAAUCAUAAACUAGAAAAAUUUUAAUAAUUUGAGCAAUAUAAUAAAUGUAAGGAACUAUUAUCUUGUUUAUUAUUAGGUUCUUAGAAUUUUAAUCAGAGUGAAUAAAGAUAAUAAAUCGAUAUCAAACAAAAAAAUAAAGAAAUAGAAUGUUUAAAUAGUCACUUAAAUAUAAAAGAAUCAGAAACUAUUUAAUCUACUCAUCCAAUUUAUCUCAAACCAUUCAAUUAUUAAAUAAUUUAACAAACUUCUUUUUCAUAAAGAAAUUUGUGUUUAGCAAUAGCUGUUGAUCAUGAUUGUUACAAUAUUUUUUAAUCUUUGUUUUUAAUCUAAUCUUAUAUUUGGAGAGUAAAACAAAGAUAAUAAUUGUAAAAUUAACUUCUAUAAUGGUCAAUGAGAUGUUAAUUUUCAUUCAAUAUUUUCCAAAUAAGAUUUUAUCAUAAUAAAAAUUCAUUUGAUUGA